AUCUGAGGAGCAAGAACGAAUUCAGCAGCAACAAGAUGGAUACCUUCAAACAUCAAAAAAGCAGAUCCUCAGGAGACAAAAAUACUAAAUCUAGGAAGAAUCCCAAGCACUUCACUGAUGUUCACGGUCUUCCUUGCAUUGAAAAGAUUGUAACCUCAGUGGAGGACAUUCCUGAGCCCAUCAGCACCAACAUCAUCGGCAUGAUCCCAAACUGGAUCAAUGGGAAUUUCUUGAGAAAUGGGCCAGGGAAAUUUGAGAUGGGUAACCACAGGUUCAACCACUGGUUUGAUGGGAUGGCUCUUCUGCACCAGUUCAAAAUAUCAAAUGGGGAGGUCACUUACAGAAGCCGCUUCCUGUCAAGUGACAGCUAUCAAACCAACAAGGAACAGAAUCGCAUUGUGAUGUCUGAGUUUGGGACGCUUACCAUGCCUGACCCAUGCAAAAACUUCUUCCAGCGCUUUGUGUCAAGGUUUGAUUUACCAAAACCAACAGACAAUGCCAAUGUGAGUUUUGUAACCUACAAAGGUGAUUUCUAUGUCAGCACUGAAACUAAUAUCAUGCACAAGGUGGACCCAGAGACCCUGGAAGCAAUCCAAAAAGUGGACUGGAGCAAAUUUAUUGCAGUAAAUGGAGCCACUGCACAUCCACAUACUGAGCCAGAUGGAACAGUGUAUAACAUGGGCAAUUCCUACAGCAGCAAAGGAGCAUACUACAACAUUAUCAAAGUGCCUCCAACCAAGGUAGCAGAGGAGGAAACCCUGGAGGGAACCACAGUGCUGUGCUCAAUUCCAGCAGAGGACAAGACCAAACCCUCUUACUACCACAGCUUCGCAAUGUCUGAGAACUAUGUGGUGUUCAUUGAGCAGCCCAUCAAGAUGGACCUGUUGAAAAUUGUGACCGGCAAACUAACAAGAAAAAGCAUCAGUGAUGGCUUCUCCUGGAACCCAAAGCUCAACACUAUCCUUCACCUGAUUCACAAACUGACAGGCAAGGUAAGCUCCAUCAAGUAUCUUGCCAACCCGAUAUCUACCUUUCACCAGAUCAAUGCAUACGAGGAGGAUGGUUUCUUGAUCAUUGACUUGUGUGCUUCGGACGAUGGGCAGGCUAUAGCAAACUACAACAUCCAAAACCUGCGCAAGUCUGGGGAGUGUCAAGAAAAUCCGAGCUCAUCCCACUUCCCCAUGCUGGAGAUUUUAGUUUAACAGUAAUAAUAAAUAAA